AUGGAUCUCGCCAGCCUAAUCACCCCGGGACCUACUCCCUUCGCAUCUCGUCCGCCUCGAGCUUCCUACAGUCCCCCGGCUUCUUCGUCCGGUUCAUACAAGGCCCCUAAUGAGCCUCAUUAUACGGGGUCAUACUUCCCCGCCAUGCCUACUGCGACUCCAGUGACCACCACUACUUCCUACUCGCGCUCGCCGCAACCGCCUCUCUCUCCUCCCGUCGAGGACCAGCCCAAGUGCUCUCUCCCUUCCAUCUCCACCCUUCUCGGUGCCGCAGACAGCGCCCCAAUGCCCCCAGCUAAGCGCCAGCGCCUCAGUACCCCCGCGCGCAGAGAAUCCGAUAGCUGGCUCCAGACAACACCAUGCCUGCCUCCGACCCCCCCGUUGCGUCCAGGCUCCGGCUUCCACAGCAGCGGCCACCGCUCGCCAUCAUCCAACAAGCCCACCGAAUCGGCGCCCUUCCCGCAACAGCCCCCCGUGACGCUCCCCAGUCCCACCGAGCGCUCCUCCAUCUCCAGCCAGGGCUCCGCGCACGCGCCGUACGCUUCGCCCGCCCCCAGCGUCGCCUCGUACUCGUCUCCCGUCGAGCCCUCCCCGGCUCCCUCCACGCUGUACUACCAGCGCCCCGCCGCGCCUCCAGCGCCUUCCGCCGCCGCCGCUGCUCCCGCUCCCGCGCAGCCCUUGAUCUCCCCCGUCACCCCGGCCUGGCAGCACCACCACUACUUCCCGCCCUCCAGCUCCACCCCCUACCAGCAGAACCAUGACCGGUACAUCUGCCGUACCUGCCACAAGGCAUUCUCGCGCCCCUCGAGUCUGCGCAUCCAUUCGCACAGUCACACCGGCGAGAAGCCCUUCCGCUGCACCCACGCCGGCUGCGGCAAGGCCUUCAGCGUCCGCAGCAACAUGAAGCGCCAUGAGCGCGGAUGCCACAGCGGCCGUCCGGUUGCUACCGCUAUGGUAUGA